AUGACUUCGAUACUGCCUGAUGAGAUGAUGGAGUCGCCUGGCCCGACCACACCAAUGAGCGUGGAAUCCGCGGACAACCACCCGGGUAUGCCCCCGAAGAGAAAAAGUGAGAAGCUUCUGCAUGGACUACAGCGUAUCGCAUCAAGCCCUUCCCUGUUGAAAACUGGCAGGCAGCGCUCUUCGUCUCUUGGUAGCCGGCGGCACGGGAAAGCUUCAAUGUCCUGUGUCUCUCUUAACUCAACAUCCUAUACGCAAUGUUUUACAAGCCCAGCCUCACCACAGAUGUAUGGGUCUCUCGCGGCUAGGAACAAUACCGCCCCCCACAGCCAGGGCGUUCAUGAUGAGAACAGCAUCCCAAUAAGGGUUGUAACGUCUGAUGCUGCUGCUGCUGCUGUCAAUACCACUUCCCAUAGCUCCAUACCGCUCCCUGCAGAUAUGCGGCCAACGUCCAGAGGCAGUCUUCUACCGAGUUCAAUGGAACUUGACGAAAACCUUUGUGAAAUGCCGGAAAUGGUUACAGUUAUGGUGAAAUCACCGAAGCCUCGGUUUGAAUUCUGGGCGGAUAUGCCGGAGGAAAUUAAAAUGGCCAUUCUGCAGUAUCUACCCGCUAAAGAUCUCUUUAGAUGCUCCCGCGUGUCCAAAGCGUGGAACAAAAUGUGCUUCGAUGGACAGCUGUGGGCUAGGCUGGAUACAUCCACCUACUACACCGAUAUACCCAGUGAAGCCUUGGUAAAAGUGAUUACCGGUGCAGGCCCGUUUUUGAGGGACUUGAACCUACGUGGCUGUACCCAGCUGGAAAACGCAUGGUUGUCACAUGGAGAGCUCAUAUCCAAUACUUGCCACAAUCUCGUCAACCUGUGCAUAAGGGAUUCCAGGAUUAACCGAACAACCCUCCAUUUGUUAAUACGGAAGAACCCCAAGCUGGUCCAUGUUGAUGUAUCUGGACUGUCCAUAGUUAGCAAUGCCUCCAUGAAAACAAUCUCUCAGAACUGUCCCCAACUGGAAUUCCUCGACAUCUCCUGGUGUAAGGGCGUCGACGCCAGAGGGUUGAGACGGAUUGUCGCCUCUUGUCCUCACUUGAGAGAUUUGCGGGUGAAUGAGCUGUCCGGCUUUGAUAAUCGUCAACUCCUGGUGCAGCUGUUCGAGACAAAUAGCCUGGAACGGCUGAUACUCUCCCACUGCUCCUCCUUAUCGGAUGCAAGCUUGAAAAUUCUCAUGGAGGGGGUCGAUCCAGAGAUCGACCUUUUGACCGGCCGUGCUGUCGUUCCUCCACGGAAAUUGAAGCAUUUGGAUUUAUCCCGCUGCCGCUCUUUGACUGAUGUGGGGAUCAAAAGCCUUGCCCAUAACCUUCCAGACUUGGAAGGGCUGCAGCUGUCACAGUGUCCAAAUAUAGGGGAUAAUGCCCUCCUAGAAGUCAUCCGAACCACUCCCCGCCUUACACACCUGGAUCUCGAGGAAUUAGACAAGUUAACCAACACGUUCUUACUUGAGCUCUCAAAGGCGCGGUGCGCGGGAACCCUCCAACAUUUGAAUCUUAGCUACUGCGAAAGAGUCGGCGACACAGGGAUGCUACAACUUUUGAAAUCCUGUCCCCGUAUCCGGUCCCUCGACCUCGACAACACAAGAGCCUCCGAUCUUACCUUAAUUGAGCUCUGCAAACAGGCCCGCACGCGCGGAUCGAGCAAUAGCUUCCCCCGUCUUGGCUUCAGAGUAGCCGUCUUUGACUGUGGAAACGUCACCUGGGUAGGCAUUAGAGAAGUGCUGUCCUGCAACACGUUCGUGGCACGCCCGUUUCCCAUCGCCACCGCCGCCGGAGCCAUACCUCCCAAAACCCCUACCGAAUCAAACCAAUCUCUAUCAUCAUCAUCAUCCUCCUCCUCCUUCUCCUCCUCCUCUACCUCCGGUUCCACCGAUUCCACAACCUCCACCACAACCCUCACAGACCCCCAUCCCACGUCCUCAAUCAUCCCAAUCACCACAAUAACAACCACCACCCCCAUAACCCCAAACCCUGAAACCCCCUCCAACCCUUCCUCCGACACCAUCCCCACGACCCCUCCCCCGCCACCCAGCGCCACAAUCCUCUACCCAAAAGAAAUCAUCGACCUCAAAUGCUUCUACGGCUGGCAGAUGAUGGUCAACGAACACACCAAGCGCGUGCUGCGCGGCAACCUCGCGGCCGCCAUGCGGCUCGAGCGCAAAUGGGCGGAUUAUAUGAUGGCGAACGAGGAGGCUGGAUCGGGCGGGGCUGGGGCGCGCCGCAGGCGGCGGAGGGCGAGGGAAGUGGAGCGCAUGUAUAAUGAGGAUGAUGAAGGGGAUGAGAGUGCGUAUGGGCCUGCGGGACUGGCGCCAUUGGGGGGACGGAGGAGGAGGGCGCGGAGUGGAGGGUGUGUGGUAAUGUAA